AUGGUGAAGCAGGGAGGACAAGGAAUAUCGCAAAGUGAGGCAGUAAAGAUGGCGUCUGAGAAGGCAGUGUUUAGCCCUGCUGAUCGAAUAAAGGAGUUGAAUGAGGUUGAUAAGGAUGUAGCCCAGAUACUCAAGUCCGCAGGGCUUGCGAUCCAGUCUCUCACCAACAACGCGUCACAGGCCCCAGAGGACCUGGACACUGGCAGUUCGGUUACAGUUGGAACUCUAGAUGCCCGUAAAAAGGCAUUCAAGGCCGCCUGCUCUCAGUACUUUGCUCUUGUUUCCUCAGUUGACGUCAAACUACGCCGACAGGUCUAUGCGCUAGAGGAAGCCUCAAUAAUACGUGCAGAGCCUACUAUCUCGCUAAAAGCAGGGGAUAGCAUGGUUUCUGGGGCAGGCACAGUUGCGCAGCCGACGCCAGGAAAUGUCAAUCCUCUUGAAACAAGCUGGUUGAACAGCCGGAAGGACACAGUCGGAAAAGACAAGGAAGCGGAACUGUGGGCAGAAGCUAGCCGUUUUAUGAAAAGUGUUGCCUCUAAAGGAGGAAAUGGGUGCCACAAUCCCUCUGCGGCUCAAGCCGAUGCUGAUGGGAAACAGGCUAUGGAAGUGGACUGA